GCAGCCACAUCGCCCUCUCAGCGCUCCAUCUCCUCCACUUCUCCACCGGCGAAAGCCCUAACCCACCACAUCCCCACACCCCUGAUGGCGGAGAGAGGCGGAGACCGUGGCGGAUUCGGCCGUGGAUUCGGCCGCGGCCGUGGCCGUGGGGACCGCGGGAGGGGCGACCGCCGCGGUGGCCGGCGCGGCCGCCGGGACGAGGAGGAGAAGUGGGUCCCCGUAACCAAGCUCGGCCGCUUGGUGAAGGAGGGAAAGAUCCACAGCCUCGAGCAGAUCUACCUCCACUCCCUCGCCGUGAAAGAGCACCAAAUUGUGGACGCUCUCCUCGGCCCUCAGCUCAAGGACGAGGUCAUGAAGAUCAUGCCGGUCCAGAAGCAGACCCGCGCUGGGCAGAGGACCCGGUUCAAGGCCUUCGUCGUCGUCGGCGACGGCAACGGCCACGUCGGGCUCGGUGUGAAAUGCUCGAAGGAGGUGGCCACCGCCAUCCGCGGGGCCAUCAUCCUGGCCAAGCUCUCGGUAAUUCCUGUGAGGAGGGGCUACUGGGGGAACAAGAUCGGGAAGCCCCACACCGUGCCGUGCAAGGUCACCGGAAAGUGCGGGUCGGUUACCGUUCGGAUGGUCCCGGCGCCCCGUGGUGCUGGCAUCGUCGCUGCCCGUGUACCCAAGAAGGUGCUCCAGUUCGCAGGGAUCGAGGAUGUUUUCACGUCAUCUCGUGGUUCCACCAAGACCCUUGGAAACUUUGUCAAGGCCACUUUUGAUUGUCUCAUGAAGACCUAUGGAUUCCUGACACCUGACUUCUGGAGGGAAACUCGCUUCACCAAGUCCCCAUUCCAGGAGUACACGGACUACCUCGCAAAGCCCGCCAAGGGAAUUGUUAUUGAGGAUCCUGAAAGGGUGGAAGCUUAGAAUGCUGAGCAAUUUAGCUUACUCUUUGUUUGCCGGUUUUGUCUUUAUCAUGCAUUUUAUAGGAGAUGAUCCGACUUGGAUGAGGCAUAGACAGCUGGAUGUCUAGUUGCUACAGAGGUGCUUGCUUUUAAUAGAUGCAGUAUGCUUUAAUUUGUGAAGUUGUUAUGGGCUUUUAUUUAGUUUAAAUAACAUACCAUUGUGCUGCUUAGGAUCAAGCAAUGUGUUUUCACCAUUUUGUCUGCAAUUUAGCAGGAAUUGUGCGCUAUUGCACUAUGUUGACCAAGGGUCUGUUCUUUUAUUAUUCCAUAUGGCUUCAAUGGAAGAUGCGGGUUUGAAAAA